ACUUCCAGAGGAAUGAAAGUCGAAGAGGAACCCCCCAUAAAACCACACCAAAAUACCUACGGGUAUCCAGCAUUCCAUAAUCCGGCAAUGUUCACUCCCUCCCAAAUCCUCAUGGCCAGUCAACUCAUGGCUGCCUCUGGCUUAACUUUAUCUGGUAGCCCUGCUUUUUUCCAUCCCGGUCUGCUUCCUAUGCCAUGGCCAGCAAAUUCUCCUCCUUCCACCUCUCCUUCUUCACCUCCAACCAGCACCGAACCGCUUUCGCCAAUCAUGAGUACAAGGAAAAUUAAUAAUAAUAAUAACAACUUAGUUAGCAGUAGUACAACAACGGAAAGAAAAAGGAAAUAUAAGAUUGAAGAAGAACCUGGAAAUAUUCCUUUGGCUUCACCAACUUCUAGUGGAUCUCCUCCAUCUGGUUCUGAUGUGAAGGAUCCAAACAGGGAUAAACAGUUUACGUGUGGUGUAUGUAACAGGUCUUUUGGUUACAAGCACGUCCUCCAAAACCAUGAAAGGACUCACACGGGCGAAAAACCAUUCGAAUGUCCAGAGUGCCACAAAAGGUUUACCAGAGAUCACCAUUUGAAGACUCACAUGAGGUUACACACUGGGGAACGGCCAUAUCAUUGUGAACACUGUGACAGGCAGUUCGUGCAAGUUGCCAACCUCCGACGACACCUCAGAGUCCACACCGGCGAAAGGCCCUACUCAUGUGAGCACUGCAGUGCCAAAUUCUCCGACUCCAACCAACUCAAAGCGCAUAUUUUGAUCCACACGAAUGAGAAACCUUUUUCGUGCGAUAGGUGUCAGAGCAGGUUUAGGAGGAGGCAUCACCUACUCCAUCACAAAUGCGGAGUUUCUGAUAAGGAAAUGACGCCCGACUCUGAGGAGGAAGAACUGAAGAGAAGGCGGGUAUUGCACCCGCCUUCAACGCCUAUCAUAUCGCUUCCUCUCCAAGUUGUUCUUCCGGAACAAACUGAACCAGAAGACCUCAGUAUGAGCACCGGUAUGCAUUCAAACAGCUCCAGUGGCGGUUCUCCCAUGAGGAGUCCGAGUUCCAGGGAAGAAAUUGAGGAAGAAGAACUCGAUCCUCAUGAAUCGGCAGCAAUAUUUUUGCAAAGAAGGCCGAUGG